AUGGAGAUCACAGCUCCCCACCUUCUUGCGAAACUCCCUCGCACUACCAAGCCAGAAACCGCCGUCUCAUUCGGCAGUGUUUAUGCUCUGAGGGAUGGACUGAAGAAGCGUAGGAAAGAAAUUUGCGUAGCUGUCGAUGGCGACUCACUCAACCUUUAUGAGGUGCAAGAUGGCAAGAUUCUUGCGUCUUAUCCUGUCCCUCCGUCCUCAUCUUUCUCCGGACCACCAUGCUCAAUCCGCUCGAACUCUGGUGAGCAGCCGUACCGCACCACAUACUGCACAAUAAAACGUGGCGACCUACGAGUGCAGUCGUUCCAUACCAGUGAAGGCCAGUUACAUGAUACGAAGACGGCUACAAGUCCAAAUUUACGUGAUCAACGCAGUCCUACCGUUUACCUUGAUUAUAUUCCCAAUCAAGCCGGAGGUCGGGUCUUGAUCGCUCAGCAAAAUGGAGCCCUUACCAUAUUCUCCAGCGAUCUCCAUAGCACAAUGCUUGAUCAAACUCUCAGCCUGCCAGACGCGCGAGAGAUCCACGUCUUAGCCGCCCAGCAUCUUACCUCGUUAGAGGCACAGAAAACAAUCUUGAAGCAAAGACCAGAUCUGGCCGCCGAGGCUACGCAAAGCACUUCUUAUCUUGCUGUUGCAUACGAGCGCGGGAACGACAAGAAGGUUACAUAUGGCAUUUUUUCGCUGGGAGAUACUGGUCACGAGACUGUCUCCUCGGAAAUCUCGCUUCAUACAUUGUUCGAGCAUGAGUUGAGUAUAGGGAUUCACGAACCGUCCUCUGUUGCUGCGAAAGAGAAGAUGUGCCAAUUCAGCCCAUCAGCCUCACACCUGUAUAUUGGAUGGGGAGCAUCAUUUUUCUGCUACGAUUUAUCGAGAUUGAUACCUGUGGAGGUCGCUCGCCUACACACUGGAGCUACGGGAAGCCACCAAGUCAUGGCCAUCUCACCUGCCUUUGCAAUAUGCUCGUCUCAAGAUUCCUUCCGUCUUUACGAUCUCAAGUACCAGUCAAUCCAGGCAAGCAUUGACACGAGGAAUACCAAUCUGAAGAGGAAACGGAUGCGAAUGGCGUCCGAGUUCCAAAGCGGUCCUGUGGAAUUCGUGGCAUUCUUUGCCAAUUCGUCACGCAUUAUUGGAAGACGAGGGCACCAGCUCCUCGCGAUUGACGUCAGCUUGAACGGCCACUCAAAACGAAUGUUGCACGUGGGCAGCAACCUUCUCCAUAACAUCGGACGGGGAAUCGGCGAUCAAGAUACGGCACCUGCCUCCAAAAGCCUUCUGGAGGGAUUAGCGAUUGGUACGCAAGAGGCGAAAGCAGUUCCCGACACGCAAUGGCAACAUACUCGGAAGAGGCUAGAUCAACUGGCACAAACCGGCGAUGUGGCUGGUUUCGAAGAUACCUUUGUCGAAAGUGUCCGUCGUGACUUCUUGAACUCCACCGCACAGUUGAAGAUGGUGGACGGCUUGCCUUCGAGUGGCAUAGCCAUUUCACAUUCCAAGAUCAACUAUCUACUCUCGAAACUGUUCCAGUCAGUCGCGGAUGUGUCCGACCAGGGGGAUAUUUCCACGGGUGCAACGAAGAGCUUGAAGGUCCAGAUACCGUCCUUCAGAUUGUUGAUUUGGCUCUCCAACCUAGGCUUGCUCUCCAUCCGUAGCAUUCAGCGGGCAGGUGCCGACUUUGCUGGACUCGACGAGUCGCUUGCGGUCAACGCGGUUGUACGAGCAUUACUGGCUGUGGAUCCUGAUAAAGGUCUUCUUGUUGAAUGUCUGGAAGGCGGGUUCAGUCCUUACGUGGAGGAGCAAGCAGCAAUUGUCCAGGUUCUCGUUGAUCAAGCGCUCGCCCUUUUCUCGGGAGCGGACCUUCCAAGCAAAGACCGCGUCCCGGCGGAGACAGAGCUUGGUGAGGGUUUCAACCUGGCAGCAGAUCUACAAGUUCAGAAAUCCUCCGCUUCGAAACCGAAUGGCACAUGGCUGCCAUCCCAACUGCACCGAGCGCUCGUUCUCGCGUUGGACAGAUUCGGUACCGCGGCAACUUCGCGCAUCUUAAAAUGCUUGCGCGACAUGUUUACUCAAACAGAGGUGUUGGCAGUGAUUCAGAUUCUACGUCAGCAACUCUUCCAAGGCGGCCACACCCGGUCAUACCAAAGCCAAUCCAACGCCGGCAUCGAAGAGACGGAGCGGGCAUCGACCGUCAAGCUUGACGCUGUCAUAAGGUUAUUGUCUAGCUGCAUUGAUGCCAUAGGGCCGCUUGGCUUUCAUGGAGACAUAGAUCAUGCAGAUCAUGCAGACUUUGUCGGGAAUAUUGUUCCUGAUCUGGUGACCGAGAUAACCCAUGCACAACAAAGCUUGGAGGACGUGACGGACCUCCAGGGAAUCGUCCGCGAGGCUCUGAGGUACCAGGAGUCCCUUCAGAAAUACCGGGAUGCAGGCGCUCGACUUCCGAAUGACAGGCGGCGAGGUGGCACCGAACAGUCGGCCGGAACGAUAGUGACCUUGUAUUCGGAGACCACCGAAGGACGAGACGGACUGCGGAACGGGGAUGGGCUUCCUUUGAGCAUGCGGGCUGAGCGUGUGAUCAUCCCCUUGAAGAUCAGGAAAGGCGGAGGGCAGGUUUCUAAGCGGAGUGCCAGGGAGAUGAACAUGUUAGAGCGGAAGCAGAAAGGGCAGUAUUCCUUUGAGCGCUUAGUCUUGUAA